AAGAAAAAUAAAAGAGAUUUUUUUAUACUACACAUAAAAAGGCAUAAUAAAAUGCAUAAUAAAAAAUGUUUUAUACAAAUAUAAAUAAUUAUUAUACAAAUAUUUAUUAUCCAGCAAUUUGAUCAUGACUAAUGUUAUAAUCAAGAGACACGGUAGUGGCUCGCGCCAGGUGAAAUACGAUCCUACAUGGGUGUAUGGUUUACGUUCAGACGCUUAUAACCCCGGGUGUACAUUUCUUUCUUCUACGUCACUGAUGAGAGAAUAUGGUACGAGAUGAAAAAAGACGGAACGCGUGAAUGACCGAGUGAGAGGGAAAACAAAGUACGCGAGUGGGGACGAUAAGUGAACAGAGAAAGAGAAAGAGAGAGAGAGAGCGAGAGAGAGAGACGGCGAAGGAAAGGGGACAAGUUGCUCACUAUCAGCCGAGCCGGAGUCAGUUAGUGUCGGACUACUCGGACUGCGUGACUAGCGUGACUCGAAGAGUUGGAUUGGUGGUAGUGACAGAUGAGUCAGGUCGGAACUUUCUACAUUGGGACCGUUCGCCUACAGCCGCGGCAAUCUUCGUACACCUUUGGCAUUUAAGAACUUGCCUCGGCGAGACGAAGUGGCAUUGAAAUAAACGGAUUCUCCUUUUUUUUUAAAUGUACAAGAAGAUUCCGUGCGAAAAGUCACGUGUCGCGCGUGAACUGUAAUACGCGCAAGUGUAUCAAAGUGUAUGGACGUUGUGUAUUGGUGGUACCGUUAUUGAUAAUAAUCACUAUCGCUCGAUAGAGAACAACGAUAGAGAAAAUAGGUGGCACGCGAGAAGUAAAUGUUUCGUAACGUGACCCGCCAUAUUACAAUAUUGGUAUUAAAUUAAGGGCAUUACCAAGGAUUAGAUUAUCUACUUUAAAAGAUGACAACUCGUCGCGGAGCAUAUUUUUUUAUAUUGGCUGUUGUUCUGGGAAGCGUUUCCACUUUUCAUUGCCCAUCGAAUCAAGAAUGCUACUGUGACCGUCACCGUGAUGGAGGAAUCGAGAUAAACUGUCUGAUGAAGAAUGACGCCAAGUUUAUCGUGAACAUUCAACCAGACGAAUAUAUAAGAAUCCAAUGUGAUAACUCACCGGAUUGGUCAGAUUUUCAUCUGAACGUGUCAUCUUUCACGAAGAAAGAGAAUAUCGAAACAAUAUAUUUCUAUAUGUGUGAUUUACCGAGUACUAAUGAGAGUUUGGGCGAAAUCGUGCAAAGGCUAGGAGUUACCGACAUAGAAAAAUUAAGCUUUCAAUCAUACAAAAAUUUGAGCUCUGCUUUGGUCAAGCAUCAUUUGGAUGGUUUCAAAAAUUUAAAAGUUUUGAACUUACCAAGCAAUAAUGUGUCUUACGUGGAUGAAAAUUUGUUAGCUAGUCUGCACAAUUUAAAGGGACUUAAUUUGCUUGACAAUAACUUACACCUAAAGCCCGGAUUUUUCAACUAUACCUCCGGACUAGAAUGGCUCGAAUUGGGUGAUAAUACUCUACAAUCUAUAGAACUGGGAACGUUUGACCAUCUAAAAAAUCUAACGUUUCUCAAUUUAUGGAAAAAUCACUUAACCCAACUUCAGCCGGGAAUUUUUGAUCAGCUUGUCGCUCUCAAAACCCUCGGUCUAAACAUGAAUUACAUGAUUAACUUACCGGAAGACAUUUUUGGAAAACUCGAAAAUCUCGAAGUUCUUAAUUUAGCUAGAAACAAUUUUACAACUUUACCAAGAAAUUUGUUACGAAAUAACAAAAAGUUACAUACUGUCACUCUAAUGGAUAACAAGAAAAAUAUGACUUUGCCAAAUGAAUUUUUUGCUAAUUUAACGGACUUGGAGGUAUUGAAAUUGAAAGGGAACGGAUUUGUCACACUGCCGGAAAAUAUUUUCUUGGGAUGCACUUCCCUGACUAAUAUCACUUUGGAACAAAAUUAUCUUCAAACUUUACCUGUACAAAUAUUUCAAGAUCUGAAUAAGCUUCUGGAGUUGAAACUGAAUUUUAAUGAUCUUGAAAAUUUGCCUGAUAAUAUCUUUUCGGAGAACAAAAAAUUAAUAAAAUUAGAUUUAUCCAAAAAUCGAUUUACUUUCAUUUCUAGCCGUCUGUUCCGUGGAUUGGGAGCUUUGAGGGAACUAAAUAUGGAAGAAAAUCAUCUAAGAACUAUUUCCCCUCAAGGUUUCAAACAUUUAAAAAACUUGAAAAUUGCGAAAUUUUCUAACAAUUAUCUUACGUUACAUGAUCCCAUUCACGAUUCUCUUGAGCCCUUUGACAGAAAGUCAUCUUUUUACGAGUGCGAAAUCUUGGAAGAAUUAUAUUUAGCUCAUAACAAUAUUUCGGAAAUAUAUAGCGAUUGGAUUACGGCGGAUACAAAACUUCGAAAAUUGGAUCUCAAAUAUAACAAUAUAUCUUCUAUAACAACUGCAGAUGUGCAAUUUGUAUCGAUUGAUAUCACAGUGGACUUGGCUCAUAAUAAAAUAGAACAUAUUUACUUAAAAGAUGCCGAAGUAUUCGUGCAUUAUCAGGAGAAUGCUCGCGAUGUAAUAAUAUCAGUGGAUUAUAAUCCGAUAAAUUGUGAUUGCAAUUUAUAUGACUUUCUUCGUUACAUGGAAGGCCGAAUGCAUCCCAAAGUUCAAAAUUAUUUUCAUAUAAAGGCGGAUAAUUUAACUUGUCAACAGCCUAAGGAAAUGGAAAAUGUACCCAUUGCAAAUUUAAAAUCUGAAACAUUAACGUGUAUGGUAACGGAUCCCGAUAUAUGUCCCAAACAGUGCAACUGUUUCGUGAGGCCCGAGGGCACAGCAUUUUUAUUUGAUUGCUCUAAUAAAAAUUUGACUAAUGUACCAAGCGUUAUAAAAACACCUAGCAAUGCCUUCAAUUUCGAAUUCGAUUUUUCUGGUAACCGAUUAACUCAUAUGCCAAAUUUGACAGCAAUGGGAUAUGGAUCAGUGAAGAAGCUUCUUUUAUCUCAUAACAUUAUUUCUGAAAUUUCUCUAAAUGGAUUGUCCAACACGCUACAGGUUUUGGAACUGCAUAAUAACAAUAUAUCAAGAAUACAUCCUGAUGUAUUAAAACACAUCGAGAAAAAGAUGAAUUUAACUCGUUUAACGUUACACGAAAAUCCAUGGAAUUGCGAUUGUGACGCUGAAAAUUUUCUAAAUUUUAUUAAAUCAAAAUUUGAAAAAAUGCCCGAUCUAUUUAAAGUGACCUGUUCGGGAAAGAAUACUUCCGUAUCAAUCAUGUCUUCUAUUGAUUUUUGCCCGUUGAACACGACAGCGAUGAUCGGUAUUAGUAUAGUAAUCUCUAUUGCGGGAUUCUUGAUCGGUCUAAUUGGACUACUCUAUUAUAAGUACCAACGACAAAUUAAAGUGUGGCUAUUCGCGCAUCAGUGGUGUUUAUGGUUCGUAACGGAGGAGGAAUUAGACAAGGAAAAGUUGUACGACGCGUUCGUGAGCUACUCGCAUAAAGAUCACGAUUUCGUCGUGAACGAACUGGUGCCCAAGUUAGAAAACGGCCCGACGCCGUUCAAACUGUGCCUUCACUAUCGGGAUUGGUUAACGGGUGAAUGGAUACCGGCCAAUAUUGCUAACUCCGUGGAGAAUUCCAGACGGACGAUAGUCGUGCUGUCGCCGAAUUUCCUCGAGAGCGUCUGGGGAAGGAUGGAAUUUCGUGCAGCCCAUAGUCAAGCGUUGAGCGAAGGUCGGGCGCGAGUGAUAUUAAUUCUGUAUGGCGAUAUCGGACCUACCGAUGACCUGGAUCCAGAACUGAAGGCUUACAUCAGUAUGAAUACGUACGUCAAGUGGGGAGAUCCCUGGUUUUGGGACAAAUUGAGAUACGCGCUACCACAUCAGCCUAAACUCACGAGGAGCAGCAUUGCCGCCGGGAAGAAAAUCUUUGAGAAUCACCAACUGUGUAUUCAAGCGAACGAAGACAAAAAAGAACUUAUCUACCCGAUAGGGUUGCCUGAGACUUCACCGAACACUACACCGCCGGCCGACACGCUUAAAAAGUUUGUAAGUGAUAAACAGCCCAAGGAUCAAUUAUUUUUAAACGGGUAUCCACGGGAAUCGUGUAAGUUGAAUGGAAACAUCGCAAUCAUUCUCUCACCCGAACAUUUAAAACAUGAUAAUAAUGAAUGUCUUGUCUGACAGCAAGAAGGUAAAAGUACUUGUGUAUAAAAGAGAGUGACUAGCGAUCAUUUAUAGAUUCAUAUUUGAUACGUGCAAUGUUAACGUUACGCAAGUACGUUUUGAUAUUUUUUUGAGAAGGUUUGAUCUUAAUUUAGAAUCUUCAAGUGAACCAAUUAAAGAUGCAAACUCAAGAAAGCAAAAAAAGCAGAAAAAAACGAACGCGACUGACUGAUGUUAGAUUAAAUAUACUAUAACAUAUAAAUAUAAGGAAAUUUUAUCGAUUUUUUAUCGAUUUCUACAAAAUUAUAAAUAAUUAUAGUAUAAUUUGAAUAAUUUAUUUACGUGAGUUAGAUAAAAUAUUUUCAUGUAAUUUUUUAAACAUUUAUUAUGUUGUUUGUCUAAUAGCAAAUUCAGUUAGAUGGACUAAUGUGCACUGAUACACGAUCAAUCGACGUGUGUCCAAUACGAAUAUAUGAAUAGGUAUUUUACACACAUCAUUUAUGUAUGUUUAAUAUAAAUAUAUAAGGAGUCUUAUAAAUACUUAUAAUAACAAUAUAGGUUGCUUUCCUUUUAGAAGAUACAACAUAGGUUAACACACUCAAGCACAGUUUUUAUAGUUAAAUAAAUAGAAUGCUAUAUAUACAGUGUGUAUAUAUUGCGAUCUGUAUACCUAAUCUUAUAAGAUUUAUCUUAAAACUUCUCAAAUGUGUUUUCAAAUUUUAAUGAUCCAAUAAAAUGUUUUAAUGUUUAACUUUUUAUUAUACGAACAAAUCUUUUUACACACACACACACACACACGCGCGCGCGUGUGCGUGUGUGUACACUCAAAGAUUUUAUCAAAAUACUGGAAGCGAAUACGGUCUUUUCGAUCAAAAACACACUUUGACUUUGCUCCUAAGCAGAGUCGAAGUGUGUCGAUUGAAUCUACAUCAAAUUCCAAAUAGAAAAAAUGACGUGUGUCGACUUGUGUCAAAAGUAUCCACUGUAUUCCAUAAGAGGAAAGCAGCGAUAUUAAGGAUAGAUUCCCGAAAUUAUUUUGAAAUAAAAAUCUUAAUACCAAAAUGUCCAGAUUGCAAUAGUUUUUAAAUGAGAAGAUUUAAAAUAACAAAUUAAACUGUGUAAUAUGCGCGCAAUCAAAUAUGAUACAUUACAUAGAUGAAGAUGUUCCUAAAUGUAAUUCUUAUUUUUCUCCUAUUGAUUUUGAAUAUAACUUUACAUCAUAUAAUGAAGGUGUAUACAAGAUCAAUAAGAAAAAUAUAAAAAUAUAAAAACUAUUGUAGUCUCAACAUUUGAAUUUUAGGAUUUUUGUUUCAAAAUGAUCUCAGGAGUCUACUCUUAAGCAUUGUUAAUUUUUAUGGGACAUCCUAUAUACAUAGAUUAAUGGCAAAAUUUCAAUACAAUUUAUUGUGUUGUGUGAUAAAAUAAACAUUUUAUUACUAAAGAUAUUUAUCUAUUAUUUCACUUUUGUAGGCUAAAUUAAUAUACAACAUCUUUUGUACUGACAUAUUAAUGUGUCAAUGACCAUUAGUACAUCUAACUAAAUUCGUUUUAGGUUUUCGGGAAAAA